CGGGUGGCCGUUAGGGGGCGUGCUGUUCGCAGAGGAAGGGCGGGUGCGUUCCCGCAGCAACAGGGAAGAUGGCAGCCCUCACAUCUCUCACCCAGCUGUCGAGUGGGAACUCUGUAUAUGAGAACUUUUACAGACAGGUUGAUCCUGGGAAUACAGGGAGAGUGGGACCAACAGAAGCUGCCCUAUUCUUAAAAAAGUCUGGACUCCCUGACAUCACAUUAGGAAAGAUCUGGGAUUUGGCAGAUCCCGAUGGCAAAGGCUAUCUGGACAGACAGGGGUUUUAUAUAGCUCUGCGACUGGUGGCCUGUGCUCAGAGUGGUCAGGAAGUCAGUCUGUCCAGCCUUAACCUUACAGUCCCACCUCCAAAGUUUAAGGACACCAGCAGUCCAUCUCUGAGCACCACAACUUCUGUCUCAGGCGAAUCGCACUGGGCCGUCAGGCACGAGGAAAAGAAUAAAUUUGAUGGGAUUUUUGAAAGUUUGGCCCCUGUCAAUGGCCUGCUGUCAGGAGAGAAAGUCAAACCAGUCCUGAUCAACUCCAAGCUACCUCUGGAUGUCCUUGGGAAGGUUUGGGACCUGAGUGACAUAGAUAAAGAUGGCCAUCUGGACAAAGAUGAGUUUGCAGUGGCCAUGCACCUGGUGUACCGGGCUUUGGAGAAGGAGCCCGUCCCUGCACUUCUUCCAUCUGCCCUCAUCCCUCCAUCUAAGAGGAAGAAGAGUCUUGGCUCAGCAACCAGCUCUGUCCCUGGACUACCUGCAAGCCCUCCACCACCAAAAGACUCACUGCGCUCCACACCCUCCCACGGAAGCAUGAACUCACUCAACAGUACCGGCAGCCUGUCUCCCAAGCAUACGCUCAAGUCUGGACAGCAUUUGGUGAACUGGGUGGUACCAGUAUCAGAGCGAGGUCGCUAUGAUGACAUCUUCUUGAAGACGGAUGCUGAUCUAGAUGGAUUUGUCAGUGGACAGGAAGUAAAGGAUAUUUUCAUGCAGUCUGGACUUUCACAGAAUGUCCUUGCACAUAUAUGGGCUUUGGCAGACACACGGCAGAUAGGCAAGCUGACCAGGGAGCAGUUUGCCCUCGCCAUGCAUCUCAUCCAGCAGAAAGUUAGCAAGGGCAUUGACCCUCCACAAGCCCUGACUGCUGACAUGAUUCCACCCUCUGAAAGAGGCACUCCUGUACCAAGUAUGUCUGGAUACAUGACUCCAGUGGGAUCAGAGAUGGCUGCUUUGUCAGAAAUGAGACGAGACAGCUCUAGUUCAGUGGGUUCAGGAGAGUUUACGGGCAUCAAAGAGUUGGAUGACAUCAGCCAGGAGAUAGCCCAACUGCAGAGCACUCUUGCCUUUACCCAGUGGAAUACUCUCAGGGAGAAGUAUACUCUUGAGCAGGACAUCAGGGAGACGGAGGAAGCCAUCAGACAUAAGAGUAUCGAGGUACAGGAGAUGCAGAACGACCUUGACAGAGAGACAACCAGUCUGCAGGAGCUUGACGCUCAGAAACAAGAUGCUCAGGACCGCCUGGAGGAGAUGGACCAGCAGAAACAUAAAUUAGAAGACAUGCUGAAUGAAGUCCGGAUGAAGUGCCAGGAGGAGUCCCAGAUGAUCUCAACCCUCCAGAGUCAGAUCCACUCCCAGGAGUCAGACUUGCAGUGCCAGGAAGAAGAGCUGAGCCGGGCAAAGGCUGACCUUGGCCGGUUGCAACAGGAGGAAAAUCAGCUGGAGCAGAGCUUGGCUGCUGGCAAGAUCCAACUAGAGACCAUCAUCAAGUCUUUGAAGGCCACCCAGGAUGAGAUCAACCAGGCUCGAAGCAAAUUGUCCCAGAUUCAGGACAGUCAGCAAGAAGUGUCUAAAAGCAUUGAACAGUACAACAGCACCUUAAAUGGAACUCAUGGAGGCAGUAUGACCAACCUGGCUGACAUGAGUGAGGGUUUCAGUGACAGAGAGAAUGGAGGAUUCCCAGCCAUGGUGAGAGCAGCACAGGAAGAUCCAUUCAAAGUAAAGCCAUCAGUGUUCAACAGCCAGCCACAGGAGCUUCACACUGACCCCUUCCACUCUGAAGACCCCUUCAAAACAGACCCAUUCAAAGGUGACCCUUUUCAAAAUGACCCUUUUGCAAAGCAGCAGCCAACAUCCACAGCAGACCCAUUUGGAGGAGACCCAUUCAAAGAGACUGAUCCAUUCAAGGCUUCAUCAGAAGAUUUCUUCAAAAAGACCACAAAAAUGGAUCCCUUCUCCACACCAGACCCCUUUAGCAAAAGUGCAACUUUACCUUCCAAGCAAGCCAGUCACUUCACAAGCAGUGACCCAUUUUCCUCAAGCCACCCGAAACCCAAAGGACCAGAUCUCUUUGGAACAUUGGACCCGUUUGGCAGCAGUUCAUUCAGCAGUAGCAGUAACAACUCCCCUGGAUUUGCAGACUUCAGCCACAUGUCAAAGCCCAGAGACCCUUUUGAAGGAAGGGCUAGCUGGCUACCAGACUACCAGAAGCCAGUUUUUGUGGAGGACCCAUUUAGCAGGAAGAAUGACACACCAGCUCUGCCUCCGAAGAAAAGUGUUCCCCCGAGACCCAAACCACCCAGUGGUAAGACUACACCUGUGAGCAUGAGUGGCACAGCUGACUCUUCCAAACCAUGUGACCCCUUUCAGCCAUUCAGCGGUGACGUCAUUGACCCGUUUCAGAACAAAAAGGGCCUGGGAGACCCAUUCAGCGGCAAAGACCCUUUUGCCUCAUCCUCAGCAUCAAGACCUGACAAAGUCAAGCUUGGGAAUGAGGCUCAACAGUUGGAGUGGGCAAAGCGUGAGAGUGAGCGAGCAGAGCGUGAGCGACUGAAAAGGCUCAGACAGCAGGAGCAGGAGGACCUGGAGCUGGCCAUUGCCCUCAGCAAGGCAGAGAUGUCCAAUGCAUGACCUGGAAUCCUCCCCACACACAAAUGCACUCAUGGCCAUAGACUGGCUAACAUACAGAUAAAUGUGACUGACAUCUAAAUAUUCAGACAUGAAGUACUUCACUGGACUAACUUCCAAGUGUUUGUGGAAACUGCUAUACACACACCCACACACACACACACACACACACACACACAGGACCAGCAUCUCCACAUGCACACUCAAUGAGUCGAAGCAGAAAGAACUCCUAGGUAAGUCUGGUGGUUGACCUACGUUUAAAAUCAUUACAACCAAACUGUGGGCCAAAAACUCAUCACUGCAAAACUCUCCUGCUGACACGAAGAGAAGGAGAGCUGAGGUAUGAAUGACAUUAGGAAGAGAAGGAAAGCGGGAUUGAUGGGAACGAACGGAUGCACUGUGUAUAUGCACAAUAGUGGCUGGAUAAUGAUGUGAUGAAUCCGUUCACUGGACUAAGCAGACUAGCUGAUCAUCGCAGAUGAAACACCUCGACAGUUUGUAUUUGGGCAUGUUAUAUUUUUUUCUCCCGCUACUCUCAAAAUGUUGGCAAAUGGCAUGAUAAAAAAAUUUCCUGUCAUUAGCAAAAGCAGAAAUAGAUGUUUUCCUUCAGUGUAAGAAGCAUCAGUGAAGAAAAAUGAUACUACAAACUGGCCAGGUUGUUCUUGGAGGGGAUUUCUUUCUCUUCUGUAGCGGUGGCGUGCACUGUGCUGCUGAUGGUUCUAGACUGUGUCACUUACUAUACUGUGUUGAGUUGUUUUGCUUGUCAGAAAAUGCAACUGAAGGAGAUGCUACAUAAGUAUUUGUUAUUGAGGGGCCUAUGGGGAUGACUGAAUUUAGCACUGCUCAGGAUUGAGAAUUUUCAACUCCUAGGUUUUAGGUCGUCGUCUUUUUUUCAUAAAUACCUUCACUAACCCAGACUCGGAUGGGAUGUGAGAACAUCAAUAUUGAGUUUUUUUCCCUCUGAUGGAAGCCGUUUUCAUCUGCUGCAUAGGCAAAACUCUGCAGAGAUUUAAAAAAAAAAAAAAAAAAGUUGUUUGUUUUUAUCAUCUGACUCAAUUUAAACCACCAGGUUAGAGACAUUCACCUGAAGUAAGAAUCCAAGGCUGGAUUAUUCACCAGACCAAGUGAGCAGCGCAGAGCCGUAUGGCCCAAAAUGUGACACUUAGUUUGUGGUAAUUUAUUUUAGGAAAAUGGUACACACUACUGAACCACGGUAUACACUACUUGCAUUAUUUUCUGUUCAAAAGACCAGCGAGUCAAAGUGGAGACAAAACCAGUGAAGUCACGAGGACGGCAUGAGGAGGGAUUUUUCUUAGAACUGAUGAAGCUCCCUUUAGGCCUCAUUACACAGAUCUUACAUAGACAUCUUGUUUUUCAUUGUGCUUGUAGAGUAGUACUGAUCACAACAUGACAACAUAUUUAUUUGGAAAACAAAUAGAUGUUUAUGUUGUAACUGUGUUGAAUUACCACAAACUAGCUAUAUCUGCUUUACGCUUACAAGUUGGUCACGCAGAAAAAGAGAAACUUUGACCCAACAUUAGUCCGAUAUUUUCACAUUUGAUUCUUGUUCAUAUUAUGGGAUGUAUAGAAAAAGCUAAAUGCUUCUCAGCAGCUUAAAAAACACAAACCAGUUUCCUCUAAUGUAACAAGUACCUGAUAUAUGACCAGAUGUCAGCAUAUCCUUUGGAGUGACAGUAACAAAUUGUAUAAAUAUGUAUUCUUUGUCCAUGACUGUGAUAGUACUGUAGAGAGAUGUCUGAAGUGACUUGCAGUACUUCUAAUCUCUGGCCAGCGUAUAUAGACAGAGCUAACUAUGCCUCUCCUCGAAAGCUGCACUCUGAUCCUAAUGCUGUGAUGUCACACCACAUGUAAAAAAUGAAAGGCAAGAUGAGGGAAAUAAUUUUUCCACGUUUAACAUAGUUUUUGUUUGUUUAAAUUAAGGAUAUUAAACAGUUUUUAUUUAAUGAUCUAGAUAUUAUUACAUUAUAUUUUGACAUGUUUUUGUUUCAAGAGCAUCCAAGUUGAUGUAGUUCUUUUGUGAUAUUAUCUGUAGUUGAGCUUUAGUCAUCCCAGUGCUCUACAGAGCAGCAAGCACAAGCUGCAGUGUUUGGAAAAGUUUGUGAUUGGCUGAAAACUGGAAAGAUGUGAACAAGUGCUAUUUCUGAUGUGUCAUAGCUUGAUGUUCCAACACGGACUUAACCACUCACCUUAUGUUUUUAUAUGUUGUCCCUUUACUUGAAGGAGUGGCUAAUGUUUGAAGGAGGCAGACUGAAGUGACUAGAGUACGAUUUCAUCUGUGCUUAAAAAAACAAAAGAGAGCUUCUGCUGAACUCCAAUUCUGAAGACAUCGUGUUCCACCCAGACCCCCUUUGUCACAGUCGCAGCCAAAUGUCAUGCCGUGUUUUAUGUACGUGAUGCUCUAUGCUGUGUGUGACCUUGACCAAUCAUGUACUUUGCUCAGUGUUUUGCCGCGUGCUUGGUAUGGAGUUGUAUUCUCCUCAAUGCUACUUUAACAGAUGACCUGUCCUACGCUUGUUGGCUUGUUUUAAGCCGAGCUUGCUGACAGAGAUUUUGGUCUCAGGACCAUUAUGUAAUGCAGUCCUGGAUGUAUUCUGAUAGAACCAAAAUAUUUCAAUCACUCUUUCAAUAUUUAAUUAAUAUCUUAUAUUAAUAUUAUUAAUAUUUACUAAAUUUGUAGCAGAGAAACUACUUAGUCUUUUUUAAGCUGAAAAAAUAGUUACACGGGGAAAAAAGGAAUGUUAUAAUAAAAUGGCACCACAUGUCUUCAUUCUUUACUAGCAGGAGUCUGAACAGAAGUGCUCCUGUCCUGCCUGUUGGCUGAAUAGAAAUGCUUCCAACCACCAGUGGCACUGGAGCUGCAUAGAUUCCUGUUUGUGAAUGAGGCUGAAAUGACUAAAUGUGGUUUUGUAUCGUUUGUAUUGACCUCAAAGUAAAUAACCUCGCACUGUCACUGUAACUUUUUUGUAGUCCUCUUUAAAUGGUGCGAUAUUAAUUGGCCAUAAUGAAAGGGAGAUGCUUCCAUCAUUACCGUAACAAAUGUUAAGCACGCCCACUUUACGCAAAUGUGCAGGUUCUGUCAGAUGUCUUUCCAGGACUGUAAUACUGUAGUCCUCAACAAAAUUCAGAAAGCUGUGUCUUGUGUGAAACUCCCAGAAAAACAAAAUAGCAUGUAAUUGGAUGAGCACAUUGUCAUCAAAAAUACUUUGCAAGUACUCAGAUUGUAAGUUGACAUUGUCUGGGUUGCAGUAGCCUCUGAUGAAGGCUUUGCUGUGAUACGGCAAGAUGAGCACACGGUGUUCAGUAUUACAGCCACCACAUUAAACAGAUGAUGGUACUACGGAGGCCAAAAGCAUGACUGAAAUACAGAACGAGAAUUCAGCAUGAAACUGCUUCAUAUUGGGGUUAACAUGCUAAAAACCCUCGUAAUGUGAAUUCACCCAAAUCAGACAGAAAUGCUUGAGUUAAGGUUGAAAUGCAUCACUGACUGCCAGACAGAAAUGUGAACUGCCUCUCCCUGCCAUUCUUUGUGUUGUUUACAUAUCAUGAAUAUUAACUUUGCUGUAGCUGUUGCAUGUUUUUCUGUAGGAGAGGAGUGCCCCUGGUACAGAACUGUACACAUCUUAUACCUCCCGAAGAGCUUUUAUCAACUUCUGAGACAUAAAACACGUGUUUGCAUUUUGAGUCUUUGCCUUGCUCCUGUCACACUGUAGUGAAAAUGUUGCAGUCUGAGGAACUCUUAGUUUUUUUUUUCUUCCUCACUGAAAUGAAAUCUAACAAGCAAGUGUGAUGUCAUCUACCCAUUUGCUUUCACUGCUUUAUUAUCAGGGCAGUUUAUCUGGUAAUCCAUCUAAAGUAAAAGAUUAAUGAAGUAGAACUACUAUCUUAUCUCUCUUCUCCUGAAACAGCUGAACACUGUACUUUAAAGUGUUAUUUUAAUACUAAUAGUCAAUGUUAUUAGCAUGCUCUUAGCCACCGAAUAAACCUGCUUGUGAUAUUGGAAGUGAACACACUGGCUCCUCUUCAACCCUCUGUGGCCAUUGGUUAAUUAGCUUUUCUGCUAAGAUAAUUGAUGAUGAUCUGUGUCUGCAGAAGCAUAAACCUGUCUAACAGAUACAGUGUAUCUCAGGAAGUAUCUGACCCAUUUCUUUUCUAAUACACUCCUGUUUUCAUCAGCUCAGUACAGGCUGUAUAGUGACUUUUUUGUAAACACAACCGGGAGCUUAGUUUUGUGUUUCAGUGCAGCUUUCUCCCAUUUUAAGUGCCCAGUGAUUCUAAGAUGAGUUCAGUUGGAAGAGUGAAGCUGCUGCUACUGCUUCCUCCCUAAAAUCUGUGGAGACAGUGUUGGUUUAAUGAAAUGCCCUUGUUAACAAACUUAAUCAAAAUCUAAUUUUUUUCUCAACAAUGUGGCAGGCAGCUUGUGCAGCAGUCAAAAUUAAAAGGUAAUGUUUAAAUGUCUCUUCAAGUUUGGUCUCAGUGUAUCUGUGCUGUUAAUCACACUUGGAUAACUGCUGCAUUUUGAAAGCAAACCGUCUGUGAAAGGUGAACAGAAAUCUGUCAUGUAGAAUAGAUGUGUGCAUCACUAGACACGGUGGUACGUUCUGCUGUGGGACGGGGUUUGAGCAGCUCAGAGGGUAACAACAGAGUUUAGUUCUGGUAUUAAACCAGAUGUUCUUUAAAGUGCAACUGACAUUUUGUGGUCACUGAUGUUUGUUUGUUCAUCAUCUGUCUGAGUUGUGAGGUCUUCACUCCGUAGAAAUAGCAGCAUCUACAAAGCAGAGGGCUACAUAGACAACGUGCCAGUAAUCAUGAUCCCUGCAGUACCUCCCAGAAACAAUGUGAAAUAUUAGAAAAGGUACAAAAUCAAUUGAGUCAGCGUGGCCUUCUUGGUUUGAAUGAAAAGCUGUGCUCAUGCCAACACAUUUAUGCUGGGUGUCAUUUCUAACUCUUUCAUGUUGGUGCUGAUAUCAUACCCAAGUUUCUGUACCACUAAAAAAAAAACACCUAAAGUAAGCCAAAGUUCUGGAAUGAGAAGUGUGUCCAAAACUGCUAAAAUGAUGCAAAGAAGGAUUUGAUCAAAGAGAAAACGAGAGUAUUAUGGAUGAUGCCAACUCUUGGUACAACAUACCUGUUGCUCAGUCCCAAGAAGUCUUGAUCCUCACCUUCCUGUGAACUGUGACCCUGUAUCUGUUCUCGUCUUCCUCUGAGCUCAGCCUGUCUGCUGUGUGCUGCUUAGAGGAGUGUGUUACAGACAGUACCAUCAUUCAUACCAUGUGUGUUACCUAAUACCUCCACUGUGCAAUAGAUCAUGUUUACGUUUGUUGUUUUGUAUGUUAUUUGAAACCAGUCUGAUGUUUUUGACGUUAUGUAGCGUAUGUUCUUAACAUGAUUAUUUAUAGAUCCUCAGCCAGCCACUCCUCUGUCCUGACUUUGUUAAAGAAAUCAUGUUUUGAUUUCAUUCCACUACUUACAGAAUUUACAAGGUUUUUCGUUGCACAGUGAAAAGAAAACACCGUGUUCAUUAUUCAAAAUUAUUUAAAUAUCAGCAAUGUUUGUAGUUGUUGAAGAAAUAUUUAAAGAUCGGUUGUAGAUGACAAAUAUCAUAUUUCCUGAAUAAUAAUUUUCUAGUUUUAAUGUUCAUUUCAUCAAAAUGCUGAAUAUUUUUAUUUUGGUGUGAAGUGUUUGAAUUCAGUCUGUACUGACAUGCUGAUGCUUAGUAGUAAGCGGUCUGAUUUGGAGGGACUUCUGUCAUUUUUUUGUUUACUCUGGAGCUUGUUGGAAUCUAUUUUUCCUGCCUUCGACUGCUCACCAUCCCAUGUAGGCAAAGUAACCAGAGCUGUCUUUAUCCAGAUGCAUACAAUGUGUAUACAGUCUAUAUAGUAUCAUGUCUGUUAUAUUUGUCCGAUAAAGAGUGAGGAUGAAGAAGAAAAAGUAAACUUGUUAAGAAACCAUUUGGGGGAUUGGCUACAAUUAUACUAACAGCUGAGGAGAGAACAGAUGUUGGUUUACUUUGAACAGUGAUCCUCUCUACAUGGUCUGUACUGUUUACUAGAAUAAACAUUUCAGUUAAAAGAGAA